CCCACCGACCCCAUAAAGUCCCGACCCGUUAUGGGGUCUGACCCCAAAUGGCCUCCGACCCCACAGGGAAUGGCGAAGAACGGCGGCGAUGCGGAGAUCGAUGAGGGGCUGUACUCCAGGCAGCUGUACGUGCUGGGCCACGAGGCCAUGAAGCGGAUGCAGACGUCCAACGUUUUGGUGUCGGGGCUGCGGGGGUUGGGGGUGGAGGUGGCCAAAAACCUCGUCCUGGGGGGGGUCAAAUCCGUCACCCUCCACGACCCCCACCCGGCAGCCUGGCCCGACCUGUCCUCGCAGUUUUACCUGCGGGAGGACGAUGUGGGGCGCAAUAGGGCCGAGGCGACGCUGCCCCGAUUGGCGGAGCUCAACGCCUACGUGGGGGUCAGCAGCAGCCGGGAGCCGCUCAGCGAGGAGAUGCUGCAGCCCUUCCAGGUGGUGGUUCUGACCAACUCCCCCCUGGAGGAGCAGCUGUGGGUCGGAGAUUUCUGCCACCGCCGCGGGAUCCCAUUGGUGGUGGCCGACACCCGGGGGCUCUUCGGGCAGCUCUUCUGCGACUUCGGGGACGACCUGGUGGUGACGGACCCCAACGGGGAGCAGCCCCUGAGCGCCAUGGUCUCCAUGAUCACCAAGGGUUGCCCCGGGGAGGUGACGUGCCUGGAUGAAGCUCGGCACGGCUUUGAGAGCGGGGAUUUCGUCACCUUCACCGAAGUGGAGGGGAUGGAGGAACUCAACAGCUGCGGCCCCGUCGAGAUCCGCGUCCUCGGACCCUACACGUUCAGCAUUGGGGACACCAGCAGUUAUGGGGACUACGUGCGGGGCGGGAUCGUCACGCAGGUCAAGAUGCCCAAACACAUCCGCUUUAAGCCCCUUCGGGACUCAUUGGCCGAACCGGAGAUGUUGGUGACGGAUUACGGCAAAGCGGAGCGGCCGGCGGUGCUGCACCGCGCCUGGCAGGCGCUGCACGCCUUCGUCCGAACGCACGGCCGCAACCCGCGGCCGCGCCACCAGGUGGGGGGCGAUGGGGGGCG